AUGAGCCACGCCGCCAAAGAAAAGCCGCUGAGGGCUGCCGACUUGUCCUACAGCCGCUCGAGCACGCCUCAACCCGUGCCGAGCGAGACCAGCGUUCUGGCAUCUGAACAGAGCAUCUGUACGGACCACAUGAUUACUGCGACAUGGAAAUACGGAGCCGGAUGGUCUAGCCCUGAGCUGAAGCCUUACGGCCCUCUUAGCCUACAACCAACCGCAUCUUGCCUACACUACGCCACCGAGUGUUUCGAGGGUCUCAAGGCUUACCGUGGCUAUGACGGCAAGCUACGCGUUUUUCGAAUCGACCGCAAUGUUGCUCGACUGCGAACCUCGGCCUCCCGGAUCUCGCUCCCCGUGUUUGAGCCCGAAGAGGUUAAGAAGCUUAUCAUCCGCCUGUUGUCUGUGGAUGCUGCUCGUUGGCUUCCAGAGGGCCAGGCCGGUAGCUUUCUCUAUGUUCGCCCUACCAUCAUCGGCACCUCAGCUCAGCUGGGUGUUCAGGCCCCGAAGGAAGCAAUGCUGUUCAUUGUCCUGGCCUUCAUGCCGCGGCUCGACUUGCCACCGGAGGGCUUACGCCUAUACUCGUCUCCAGAGGAUACGGUGCGAGCUUGGGUCGGUGGGUUUGGGUACGCGAAAAUCGGUGCCAACUAUGGCCCGUCGGUCAUGGCUCUGAAUGAAGCCGCCGCGCGUGGCUACCAUCAAGUUCUAUGGCUCUAUGGUAAGGACGGCGAGUGCACUGAAGCCGGAGGGUGCAACUUCUUCGUUGUCUGGGUCCGCAAGGAUGGCGUCAAGGAGCUGAUUACGGCGCCACUGGACGACAAGACUAUCCUGGAUGGCGUCACAAGGCGUAGCUGCCUUGAGUUGGUCAAAGAGAGACUUGGCCAGAAGAUUCAGGUCACAGAGCGCAAGUUCACGAUCACUGAAGUCAUGGACGCAGCCGCUGGAGGACGUCUUCUGGAGUCAUUCGCUGCAGGUACAGCUUACUUUAUUUCGGCCGUUUCUCGAAUUCACCAUAGAGGAAAAGACAUCGACGUAUCUAUGGGUCAAAGCGGAAAGGGUGGCGAGAUCACGACUGCGAUCAAGACUUGGCUCUCCGAGAUCAUGUAUGGAGAGACGGAACACGAGUGGGCAACGGUCAUGCCUACAGAGGCCUAA